CCGCCCUAGGAAAAUUUUCGUAAUCGCGAAACGUAUGCCAGCAGGACAUCAGUCCGAGGACGACGGCUACAUGAGCAUGAAUGGACGGAAAGCGAAGAUGGCGUUGGUAGCAUUACGUCCGGUUCCGGACUGUCCGGAGCCGCAGGAUCCCGCGGGUGUCUCGACACAAGAAUUCCCGCCACCCCCGGAAGAGGCCGAACGUAUCAUCUCGACCCUUUUGCCGAUGGUUUCGCCAGGAAACUCGUCAAAAAGGAACGUCGUGGGCCAGGCCUCGGAGCGACGAAGUGUCAGCGGCCGGCAGCAGUGGAUGGUGACCGUGGAGGACAGUAUGCGCCACGGUAACGCCGUUACCACGCAAACCACCCUCCCGAAGACCCGCCACCAGCGACCCUAUGGUUGGGAGAACGGGACCGUGGAGUCGUUGCGAUUGGCUCAACCGCCUAGUCCGCCCAGCAAAUUCGCCAGCUUGCCGUACGACGGCAAGGUAUCCUUCAACUGGAUCCCGCCGCGUACGAAUCCGAGCGCGGUGGAGAAGCACCGGGAGGUGCGCCGUCGUUCCUCGGAGGAGUGUCUGGAGAUUCUAGGCGUAGGUUCCGCGUCGAAGCUGCGCGACUUCGACGACUGGCAGGAUCAGCGACUGUCAACGACCGACGACGACCUGAUCUCGCCGUACUCGGAUUCGUCCACGAACGAUCUCGAUCAGAUACGACCGCAGGAGCUCACGAAGAACGGUACCUACGUCAUACGACGUGGUCGCAAAAAGGAGCGCAAAGUUCUGCCAAAGACGCCGACCAAGACCAAAAGUUUGUCUUUCGAAAACGGCGAGGAGAGGAAUCGAUUGUCGGAUGUGAAGCGAUACUCGAGUACCUUUGACAAUAUCAAGAGCCUGUUGAAGGAGGGCAAGCUGGAGGCUCUGGAUGAGCCGCCGGCGGAAUUCGCGAUUCCGGUGUCGCCGCCGGACCUCAUCCGGGUCGUGUCGAUGCCGGCGAUCAAUAACGACGCCAAUAAUCGGGCACAAUUGGAGAUCACCGUGGAAGAGGAGGAGACGUCCGACGUCUCUGAUAAGGAUAAGGAGCGCGACAAUAUCGAACUACCUCGGCUACCACCGUCGCCAAUCGAGGAGGAUCAAAUGGGUCCCCGUCCGGACCGGUCGAGAGACUCCAACGGCGUUCCGACUGCGCCCAACUUGGCGGAUCUGGACAUCGGCAGGUCAUUGGUGAACAACGCGCUCGCCGAAUCACAGACGAAGAAGAAGCUCACGAGUGCGGUGAGCGACGAGCGACUGGCCUCUAAGAUCCCGGUGAAUCUGCUGAUCGAGGAUCAGAUCGUGAAGAAGGCGCUCAAGGAAAAUCGCCGGCAGCUGGAGAAGGUGAGCGACGCGAUCAAGGAGAUCGAGAACGUGAAGAACAGCGAGUCCUAUUGCGAGAGCAAGCGCUGGCGGAACGGCGACCUGAAGCAGAGUUCGAAGCGGAACAGCUUCGAGAGCGAAUUCCCGUCGGUCCACGACGGGCGGAAACCCGUGACGAUCGACGGUAGUCCCUACGAUGGCAGGAGUCGCAGUAGGCAACAACAGCAGCAGCAGCAGCAGCAGCAAUACAGCUCUGACUCCGAGACGUCCAAGACCAGUUCGGACGCGGACUUCGCGGACCGAAGAAAGCUGAACGGCGCCACCGAGGUCGUCUACUCGUCCGGCAGGCGGCUGCGUCAGAACGGUAUCGAGAACCACAAGAACGAUCAGAAGCAGAUCGAGAACGUGAUCGACGCUAUUUUGGAGGACUCGAAGAAUCCGGAAUUCCAGGUGAGCGUCGACGUGAUGGAAUUCCCGCCGUUACCACCCUCGCCCGUCGAGGAAGCUGACGAAGAGAGCUGUUCGGACGUUGGCCAAAGCGCCGCGAUGACACCACCCAAGUCCAAGAGUCAUAGCAGCAGCCGGACUGUGGAGUACAGGCCGAGGGUGCCACCCCAUCGUGUCCCGCCGGUCAUCGACCCGAAGGAGCAGGCUUCCUUGAACACCAGGUCCAUGGAUGCCGGCUUUGCCAGAGGGAGACGCACGCCGACCACCAAUAACUCUAGGCGUGAGGUGCCCGUGGAACGGAGGACUCUGCCCACUGAUUUACCAGGACCAUCUCGCCGACGACCGUUCACAAAACGACAUUCGCCAUCGGCAGAGGCGUGCUCCUCCGGGGGUAGCAGUGGCGGUUGCGGUACCGGCGGUAGCGUUGUUACCGGUACCGGUUCCGGUAUGCAAACGUCGUGUUCUCUACCGGAGACUCCGGUGUUCGCCAGAGGCAGCGAUAUCCCCAAAACGCCACAACACGCUGGCAACCCCACGCAGACGAGGCGACAACCCGGCUGGUAUGCACCAAUCACAGCUACCGGCUACCGACGGAACAAUCCUGGUUUGGAGCAGGCCAUAAUCGGCACUGAGCUUCUCCGACUGGCGGGAGGUCCGAAUCGCGGAUGGUAUCCCACCAGGAAGGCGAAUCAGCCGCGGCCGGCCUCGAUCGAACAUCUCGAACGGCUCAACAACGCCUACGACGCGCGGCUACCAGGCACCGGGGACCAGAGGAAGCCGCUGACUCUGCCCACGAACAUCACGCCCAACAAAUACUUCGGCCAAAGUAAGCACAGCUCCGCCUCCAGCACUCGCGAGGCGCUACGGAGGGUCACUAGCUUGCUCAUCAAGAAAGGAAGUGGUAACAAAGAUGGAAAAGGCAAUAAGGAUAAUAAUUCACCCUCUGGCCCUUAUGCCGGAUGCGCGGAUGGCGGCGAUGCGCCGAAGAAGAAGGGUUUCUUCAAGGGCUUCUGGAAGCGUUCGCGCCACUACUCGCUGGAGAACCAAUAGCCCAGGUGCGCGAGGGUGACGAAUCACCACCAUCAUCAGCGGUACAGGCAGACGCGGCAGCAACGGCAGCGGAGCAUCGCAGCCACCACGACCCUCGCGAGCAACCCCUGCUGCUGUAUCGUCCAGUAACCCCGAUUUACAUCGCGUAUAUCGACCGCGACUCUACCCUCCCAUCUCCCUGAUCGACGUCCCUCCGCUCGCGACGGUGCACCUCCGCUUUUCUCUCGCGUGCAUGCGGAAUUGGCGCGCGUUCCACCCCUCGAGGUCCGAUCAACUGCGUUAGCAUGAUUCUUGCAUCAUCCGUGAACCAAAAUAAUAUUUUAUAUAUGAUUUUAUAACUUUUUUGGAAAUUUUUUCACACACACACACACACACACACACACACACACACACACAGUAUACAUACCCACACUGGAAAACACGCGUUAAUGCUAAGGAAAAGUAAUAUUAUUGAUUAACAUUAUUGCCGAUAAUAUAUGAUUAACUGCGGUUAUAGCUGGUAAUAUAACGAAGGAACCCGAUGGUAAUGAUGAUAACUACGAUCGUAUGUAUUUAAUAGAGUUUUUAAGUCAAUGUGUCGCAUUCAUCACCUCGGAUACCUGAAAGAGACGACGGCCGACCGACAAUCGGUCGGCCGAAUGCCAAAGAUUCGGUUCCGUUGGUGCGUCGAGCUCGGGAGGAACUCGAGGCGAGAAGAAACCAUUCGGCGAAACUCCCCCCCCCUCCCUCCUUUCGCAAUCGCAGCGUGUCCUUUCGUUAUAUAUUUGUAAAAUAUUUCCCGUCGGUUUCAUAUUCCUCCGCGAUCACGAUCGCGACGUUCAUAUAUCGAAACGCGAUGGCGAAAAGGAGAGAACUGCGUUUAUCUUUUCUUUGAAAUUUACAUUUUGUUAUCAAAUGCGAAAGGAAGAUCUACCGUUUCUUCUUUUUUGAAAAAUAAUAAUAUCUGGAUGUAGGAGUAAUCAUCAAUGGAAUGAAAUCUCAGAGGCAAAAGGAUAUAUAUAUAUAUAUAUAUAUAUUAAUUGCCGUGAGAAAGUUUCAGAUUUCGCGCGCUAGGAAGAAUGAUGCGUGGGGAUAUGCACGUUUCCAAGCUUACUUUUUUUGCGAAGGAUCUCGUCGGGGUCGUAUCUUCUUGCCUCUGACAUCCUCGAUCACUCGUUAAAUAUUAGACAAAUUGACAGACGCUUGAGAAAUAUAAUUUAUCUUACUAUAAA